UAGGUAGAAGUAUAGAUUACCUAAGGUUGCGAGGAUUCAGCUCAGUCCUCCAACAAACAUCAAAGAGGACUUGUUGAUCUCCCCGAGCUGAUAAAAAAGUGACUGCUCUCGCCACAAUUCACACAUCAACUCGACUAAUCGUCAGUCAUUCGAAUUAAAAGCUUGGCCCUGGCGCAGGUGAAUAAUAGCGCUCAGCGACAAACUCCUACGAUAUAAAAAAAAAAGGAGAGAACUGAAUGAUGAAGAUGCAAGCGAGUAUCACGGUGGCUCUGAUAGCUCUCAUGAGCACGAUGCACUUUGGGGUAGAUGCAUGGGGUGGACUUUUUAAUCGUUUCAGUCCCGAGAUGCUUUCCAACCUCGGUUAUGGUGGACAUGGUGGUUAUUUGAGCAGAUCGAGACUGUUACAGGGACCACUUUCGGGAGGUUAUGGAAAUUCUUAUGGGGAUUCGUUGGAAGAAGAAUCGGACGAUCCGUGUUACGAGAAGAAAUGCACAGCCAAUGAACAUUGUUGUCCUGGUUCGGUCUGCGUCAACGUUGAUGGUGUCGUUGGAACAUGCCUAUUCGCUUACGGACUAAAACAGGGUGAACUUUGCAGAAGAGAUAACGAUUGUGAAACAGGUUUGAUGUGUGCUGAUAUAGCAGGAGGAGAAACUCGAUCGUGUCAACCACCGGUUACUUCAAACAAACAGUACAACGAGGAAUGCAACAUGUCAGGUGAAUGUGAUAUCGGUCGUGGCUUGUGUUGUCAAUUGCAGAGGCGACAUCGACAAACGACUAGAAAGGUUUGCUCUUACUUCAAAGAUCCUUUGGUAUGCAUUGGCCCUGUUGCGACGGACCAAAUAAAAUCUAUCGUACAAUAUACUUCCGGUGAGAAACGUAUCACUGGACAAGGGAAUCGUCUUUUUAAACGAGUACCCUUCGCCUAAACUAUCUCAUCCCUUUCUUUGGCUUUCGAGGAGGAGAGGUAAAAAGUAAAAGAUAAAAAGAGAAGACGAUUGGAAGAGUUUUAAACGUCAAAAUUCUCCUCCACCAAAGCACGUAGAUAAUAAGCUAUGUCGAUUUAACGCAAUUACGACGAUCCCGUUCGUAUUCCAUGAACUCCACUUCGAGUUGAUAAGUAUAUCUCAACGGUAUAACUGGCGAAACAACAACAACAGAAAAAAACAAAAAAAAAAAAAAAAAAAAAAAAGAAAAAGAGAAAACAAGAAAAAAAGAAAGAAAAACGUAAAAGAGACGAAAGGAAAGAACGUUACGAGAUCGUCGAGAUAUAUUUAAGUCACUUUGAAAAUUCUGGGUGACGAUACGAGACGCCUUCCUGUGUUUUCUCCUAAUCUUAUGACUGAUAAUAUACGGAUACAUAUCACAUUGGACCGUCAUCUUAUAUCGUUAAAGAUAAAGCAAGUACGAUGAUCUUUUUCGUAAAGAGAAAGAAAGAAAGAAAAUCCUUCCUUCGUUCUGCUUGUCGAACGGUUGCUUGCAGAAUGUUUUUGUCGAGAACACGAGACGAUACUUCUAAAUCUUUCUUUUCGAUCUUUCCUUCCAACUUUUUUAUCUUCUCGAUCGUUCUAAAACGCAAACAACGCCAUGAACGAACAAGUUCCGAGUCAUUCUGCAGGCAAUAAACCGUCUCGUAGAUUCUCCUUUGCUCUUUGUAAAUGUGUAAAAGAAUUCUAAGUUCGAUCGCUAUAGAUCGAUUAAUAAUAUUCGCCUUUUCAAUCAUAUCGAUUGAAUUCGUCUAUGAUAAAAUUGUACGCGAAAGGGGAGACUAUUAACACUGAUCGAUAGUUAGGAAGUCUUACAAUAAAUGUAUAGACUACAGAUUAUCGUAAUUUUCUUUCUUCACGUUCUAUAUCAAAUGAAAAGGUAUAAUCGAACGUUCUUCGUAUUCAGUGGUGAAGGAACUAAACUAAAAUAUUUCAAAAUGGAAAGUAAACGUGACAAAGACGCGAAUUAGUAUUUAACUUAAUCGAUGUUUGAUGAAUUUAUCGUAACGUGUUGUUAUAUAGACGUCUUUUCUGAAUUAAAUAUCACUUAAUCGUUCUGAAUAUUGUUAAUCGGUGUAAUACACGGCAUAACUAUAUAUAUAUAUUUAUAUAUAUAUAUAUAUAUAUAUAUAUAUAUAUAUAUAUCUAUGUUAUAUAUAUAUAUAUAUAUAUAUAAAAAAUUACAUACAUACUUAUAUAUAUUUAUGUGAAAGUGAUAACGUACGAGCUAUACCAAAAUAUACGUAUCAAGGAAAGUCUUGUUCUUCUAGAUUUUGUUGAGAGAGCUAUCGUUUUUAUCUAUAUUGCGAAUUAAAGUCAAAAUGUUGAAUCAACUACGGCGAAACGGGGAUAAGAAAAUUGAUAAAAUCGUAAUAUCGAUUGUGGAAUUAUCAUUCUGCCACAUAUCACGUGUUAAAUGGGAAAAAUCGCGUUGUUAAUUAAGAUAAUAUAUAAAUAUGUAUGUGACACGUCGGUUAAUUGUAUAGACGUAUGUUCGCAUGAACAUGAUCUGAGAUGCGUUCGUGAUGUUAAAACGAAGAGAAAGCGUAAACGAAAAUAAAAACAAAAAAAAAAGAGACAAAAAAUAAAAAAAAAAGUAAUAAAUAAAUAAAAAAUAAGAAUAAGAAAAGGAAAAAGAACUAAAGAAAUGAUGAAAGAUCAUAAACGCGCGCUCGCGAAAACCUUUCUGAAAUGCUUAGAGUACCUGUCGCCUUGUCGUACGUCUUUCCAAAUAAUGAUUCCUUGUUUCUACGCUACUGAUGAGAGUCGUCGAGAGUCCGAAUACAUAUCUAUAAUUUUCAAUGACACGUACAUACAUACAUAUACAUAUAUUAUAUAUAUAUAUAUAUACAUAUAUAUAUAUAUAUAUAUAUAUAUAUAUAUACACUUAUAAAUUAAAAUUAAAUAUACUCAAAAGUGUUAACAUUAUUACAUAAGGAAAAGUCAAACAUAUCAAUCGAAUGCCUAAAAGCAUUAAGAAUGUUUUAAAUAUGAAUGUUAUAUCGAAAUUAUAUUUUUAUCUUUGAUCCGUAUGUAUAAUUAAGCUAUACAUAUAUAUAUACAUAUACACAUACAUAUAUAUAUAUUUGCAUAGUAUUCAUAUAUUUUCUCGAGGCAUAUAUAUAUAUAUACAUAUAUAUAAUAUAUAUAUAUAUACAUAUAUAUAUAUAUAUACAUAUAAUAUAUACACAUAUAGUCUAUACACGUUCUUUUUUUAUGUCGUACGUAUGUAAUACUCGAUAUGCAAUUUCCAACAAAAAAAUUCUUUUCUGUCAAAGAACUUGAUUCAAGAAGCCUAAACAAUUAUAUUCAUCUUUCUUAUUAAUUUAUAACGAUAGUAUAUGUUCUUAUUAGUCUACAACGAUAUUAUUUAUAAUUGUCCUUACCCUUUACCUUCUGUCUUCCCGAUGUAAGGAAACGAUAAUGAAAAAAUGAGCUGCAUAAAAAUACAUAUCAUAGAUAUAAGAUACUCGAUCUUACGAGGGAAGAUUCGAAAUAUAUUUAGAACAACUGUAUAAGCGGAAAAGUGUAUAAAAAAAAAAAAAAAAAAAAAUCGAAUGUUCAUACGUACGAUGUAUCAUAGAAUUUAAGGAAUUUGGCCGUGUCUGGCUUCGAGUCAAAAGUACCUCUAUUGAAUGAAUUAAUUCCAAAGUAAUUAUAUGUGUGAGACUAUCUAAUACACAAAUAAAUGUAUCGUUCAAACAAUACAACAUUAAAGAGCUCUAAUAGUAAUAAAUGUGAAGUAACGAUGAAUAGUAAAUAAAUUUGAAAACUCCUAUCAGUA